AUGUCACACUCAGCAACGCUUUCACCAAGUCCAGCUUUGGGCUUCGGAGGCUCGAACUUGGACUUCGUUUCCCCUCGACGUCCUCCUGCACCUAACAAUAAUCCACGAAUACGUCCUUCCCACCCCCACAACCUUUACUCUCGACGAACCUCUGAAGAAAUGGCAGAGCGAUCCCAACAUCUACCUCCGCCGCGGCUAGAGCACCGAGCUUCCCAAACCAUCAUCGAUCUUACGGACGAUACAGAAGAGCUGUCGGUCCCGCCACGAAACAACCAGGCUCAGAGUCGCCCCUUUGGACCUCCCCGCCUUGACCGAAGUGACGGAGGAAACAUGGACAACAUGAUAGACCUCACGGAGGAUAGCCCUGAGCAGGACGUCAUAUUUACUCAUGCUCGGCAACGACAACUGCCUCUUCCUCGUAUGCAUCCCGCUGCGGCCUAUCAUCCAGCCGCCCCGCGAGCAGAUUCACCAACUCUCUUCUUGCCACAACACCAGCCCCCCGGCAUGAAUAGAGCGUUUGCAAAUCACGCCUUCCAUCUCGGUGUGGCAGUCGGCCCCGGCAGAUUUGGUGGAGCUGCAUCUAACAUUGGACCUGGCAUUGGAAUGGGUAUUGUGUCGCAACGAGAGAUCAUGGAUCAUCUGAACUUCGCACACCACGCCCACCACCUGCAGCAAGCCAUGCCAAACGGUUUGAACUACCAAAACGCCGCCUUCGCAGAACGAAAGCCAGAGCAUGUUGCACCACCACCUGCUAGAGAAGGUUUCACACGAUCCCCUAAAGGAGAUGACGAGGAGGUGAUCAUCUGCCCAUGCUGCGAGGAGGAGCUUGUACAGAACAACGACAAGGAGGGGCUUAUUGUGAAGAAGUCUGGCAAACCUCCCAGCAAGAAGGAGCGCGAGGAGCAUCCAUUCUGGGUUGUCAAGGAGUGUGGUCAUGUUUUCUGCAACAAAUGCUUCCAGGAUCGCACCAAGCACGGCUUUACCAAAAACCCCCAACCAGGCGUUGCCAAGCGGUCGAGAGCUCUCUUGUGUGCUGUUGAGGACUGCGAUUCUGAUGUCAAGUCUAAGGAUAAAUGGGUCGGCGUGUUUCUGUGA